AGCUCGAUCAUAUGAUUACUUCUUUCUUGGCACCUGGGCUUGGUCUUUCGUGGCUGCAGUAAAGAAGUCUCUGUUAAAUUUUCUGGAGUAGUUUGAGUAUCUUAAUUUGAUUGCAAAGAUGGCUCUCAGCGAUGCAGAUGUCCAGAAACAAAUCAAGCAUAUGAUGGCUUUUAUUGAGCAAGAAGCCAAUGAAAAGGCAGAGGAGAUUGAUGCAAAAGCGGAAGAAGAAUUUAACAUUGAAAAGGGACGACUUGUCCAGCAUCAGCGACUAAAAAUCAUGGAAUACUUUGAGAGGAAAGAAAAACAAGUAGAACUGCAGAAAAAAAUCCAAUCAUCGAAUAUGUUGAACCAAGCUCGACUGAAGGUACUGAAAGUUCGAGAGGACCAUGUGCGCAAUGUGUUGGAUGAGGCUCGUAAGAGACUAAGUGAAUUUUCUAAGAACACUGCGAAAUACUCAGAUGUACUGAAGUCUCUUACUGUGCAAGGACUUCUUCAGCUGUUGGAGCCCAAUGUUAUGUUGCGAGUGCGUGAGGCCGAUGUGGGUCUUACUGAAAACAUAUUGCCCAGUGUAUCGGAAGAGUAUAACAAUAUCUCCAAGAUGGACGUCAACCUCAAAGUGGACCAAGAAGGCUUCCUGCCUGUGGAGUGCUGUGGAGGUGUAGAGCUGUUCGCUCAGCGAGGCCGUAUCAAGAUCUCCAACACUCUUGAGGCGCGUUUGGACCUCAUAGCACAGCAACUUGUGCCCCAGAUCCGAAACGCUCUCUUUGGUCGCAACACCAACAGAAAAUUCACUGAUUAAAAGAAGUAUAUAUUCUGUAAAAUUAAUAUUAAUAUCAACAUUCCCUUGUUUUAUUUAGAGUGUCAUUCAAAUUUGAUAUUAUUUCAUUCUUGUAAUAAUUUGAGUUUUUCAGUUAUUCCAUGUUUUAUUGUACAAAAGGGUUUUCCACUAUCUUAAGUUGCCUUUCAUUGUUUUUGCACAAGGUAUUUAAUUUUGGUUUAAUGAAGUUGAUAAAAUAAUGUUAUAUUUGUAUUGUGCCAGAAUAGGGUUGUUCAUAAGAUGAUAAGUUUACCAUCAGUAUUUCUUAUCCUAAUAUAUUAUUAUGUAAGUAGAAAAUGUACACAGUAUAUCAGUAAUAUGGUUAUGCAAUUAUUGCAAUAAACCUUACUAAGCAUUGUUAAACAAUAUUUUUUCUUAACUUCAAUUCACUAAUUCAAUGUUUUUAAAUCAAGAUUUGAAAUGUUAACUGUCCAGAUUAUAGUGAUAUUAGUCCUGAAUAUUCAAAAGUGCGUUGGUGUUGGAAUUUAGGUGCCAGUGUUGUUUUCAGCAAACUCUAUUGUUGUAGUGUUAAAAUUGGAAUGUAAAUAUGUAAAUGUAAUGGAAUAAUAGAAGCUUGAGUAAAUAUACACAUUACUGAGCAAAAA